AAGCUCGUCUUUCAUCACAUGCCUGUCUCGACCACGCUCGGCCUCUUCCGGCCGGCGGGAGGGGGCGGCGGCGGCGGCGGCGGCGGCGGGAGCGGCGGCGGCGGGGGCGGCUCCGCCGCCGCGAUGCACCUGCUGUGCCACGCCCUGCUCGCGGCCGGCGCGGCCGCAAAACUGAAUCUUCGCGCCGGCGGCGCCAGCUUUCCCGCCGCGAUGUACCAAGACGUGAGCUUUGCCUACAGCUUCCGCAAGCCCGCGAGCGCAUCGGCCGACAUCUCAUACCACUCAGUCGGCUCCUCGGCGGGCAAGCGAUGGAUCAAGGACGGCACCCAGCGGUGCGAAGACGACGUGCGGCCGUGCGUCACGCUCGACUGGGCCGCCUCCGAUUCCCUCCUCACCGAGAGCGACUACGCCGCUCAGCCGGACCUGCAGAUGUUUCCGACUCUGGCCGGCGCCGUGGUGCCAAUCUUCAACCUGCCGAACCACACCGAGGGCGAGGGGCAGGAUUUGCUGCUGACGCCCACGCUGGUGAGCAAGAUCUUCCGCGGCGCGGUCACGCGCUGGGACCAUCCCGAGAUUGUCUCAAUCAACCCGCUCCUCGCCCUCCCCGCGGAACGGAUCCUGCUCUGCGUGCGUGCGGACGGCAGCGGCACGACCGAGAUCUUCAAGAAGGCCCUCUCCGCAUUCGAGCAGGAGUUUAAGGAGCAGGUGGGCGCGGACAGCGGCACACGCUGGGGCCUGGCCAACGUGACGCGCCGCCGGCUCAACAGCGGCGUUGCUACCUAUGUCGCCCACACGCCGUACUCGCUCGGCUAUUCGGUACUCGCGGAGGCCGAGUCGGCGGGCCUCCCGUUCGCCGCGCUGCUCAAGGGAGAUCACCGGGUGCGCGCGUCGCCGACCUCUGUCGCGUACGCGCUCGCCGAGCUCGGCCUCGAGAUCGGCAACGAGCGCGAGGUGCUGACUGCAGACGUCCACAACGCGCUCGGGCUGAUGGCGUGGCCAAUCUGCGGCUACACCUACCUGGUCAUGCGCACCAACCCGCUGCCGGCCGAGGUC